UAUAAAGUGGAUAUAUAGAAACUAAAAUAAAGAGAAGUGAGAAUAUGGGACACCAUUCAUGUUGUAAUCAACAAAAGGUAAAGAGAGGACUUUGGUCCCCUGAAGAAGAUGAAAAGCUCAUUAGAUAUAUUACAACUCAUGGCUAUGGCUGCUGGAGUGAAGUCCCUGAGAAAGCUGGGCUUCAAAGAUGUGGAAAGAGUUGUCGAUUGAGAUGGAUCAAUUAUUUGAGGCCAGACAUUAGAAGAGGAAGAUUUACCCCAGAAGAGGAGAAGUUGAUUAUUAGUCUCCACGGAGCUGUAGGCAACAGGUGGGCACAUAUAGCAAGUCAUUUACCUGGAAGAACAGAUAAUGAAAUAAAGAAUUACUGGAAUUCUUGGAUAAAAAAGAAGUUAAAAAAGCCUUCAAAGCAAUCAACAAAUAACACCACUUAUAUUACUGAUCAACAACAACAACAACGAUCUCAAUUGGCUUAUAACACAAUCACAACAAGCCAACCAGAAAUAUUCUUGACUCAAGAUCUUGGACUAACAAAAUCUCAAGUCCUCCAAGAUUCUUCCCUAUUGAUCAAUUCUCCAAACCAAUUGUUCUUUUUUGACAAUGGAUCACUAGACACUAUGACAAAUGUCAAUGAUGUUACAAAUCGAGGUACUAAUAAUGCCUCAUUAUUUCAAGAAAUAUCAGUAUUGAACUCAGAAUUCUGGCAAGUCGAUCAACAACAACAUCAACAUCAAGUACAAUCAUCAUACACAACGGGAAUGGAUUCGAAUUAUUUGCCACCACUGAUAGAGACCACGGUAUCACCAAUAGAAAUACCUAAUAGUAAAUAUAACAAUAAUAUGAUAGUGGAAGAUCAAGAUAAUAAUCAGAUGAAUGAAGAAUGGUCCAGUUCUCCGAGGAUAACCCGUACAAAUCGAGAAAUGGUCCAGUUGACCGAAGAAUGGAGUCAUGUGGAUACACAACAAUGUUGUCCAAGUUAUCUAUUUUGGGAUCAAGAAAUAAGAUCACUAGGUGGGGAUGAAAUAUAUUAGACCCAAGCACAUCAAACAAUUUGGGACAGAUUUUAUCGGCUUUCCCUUCUUCCCUAUGAUUGCAACUUUGUGAAAGUGGAGAUUGUCAACCCCUAGUCUUGUGAGAUUUUUUGUUUCCUUUUUUUUUUUUUUUUUGAAUUAUUCCGGGAGCUUUUUUUAUUUUUUAUUUGUGAGAUAGAUAGAGAGUGAAAUUGAAAGUGUUGUAACAGAAUGUUAAUUAAAAGUGUUUCUUUGGACAUAUUCUCAAAAUUAAAUGAGAGGAAAUAACGUUGAGUUUGAUGAGAUAUGCUUUCUUUGUCCUUUAGUGUGUUUUUUUCUUUUAAUUUCAUUUUUGUUUUUAGAAUGAGGGUGGGCCGGAGUAAUCCAGGGAGUAAUUCGACGGGGAAUACAGAAAAGACUAAUCCAUCGCCUGUUUGGCCAUUCUUUUUCCUGUGUCAAAAGUAUUUUUUUCUCAAAAAAGUAUUUUUUUUUUUUGUUCUCAACUUGAGGUAUUUGGCCAAGCUUUUCAGGGGAAAAAAGAAUAUUUUGGGUAGAAGAAGAAGUAUUUUUUGAGAAGCAGAAAAAAGUAGCUU